AAGGGACUUGAAACUCAAAAGGGAGAUAAUUCAAAGAAACAUGGCAGAAGAAAAGAAUACAGGCAACGUAGAUGAAAUGUUUAAGACUCCUAAUGGUGAACAUGGUACACAGUUUGAAUCUUCUUGCGAUGGAAAACAGCCAGACAAUAACCCUGUCCCUGUCGAAAUGGCAGAAAUACACACAUUCAAAGUCCCUGGCAUAGUAACAUCUAAACAGAAUGAAAAACCCGCCACUAGCGAAGAACCCAAUAGAGAAGCAAUAGAUAAAACAAAUGACAAAGAAACUAUCACAAGCAAACUGAACCUAUUAUCCCCAGCGGAAAAAUUGAAAGAGACAUCGACACCUAUUCCUUACAAGGAACCGUCUUGGGGAGGAAUAAGUAACGACAAGUACAGUCUUGAAGUUUUGAAAAAUGGUGUCAUUAUUGACAAAUUAGAUUUAAGCAAAUCGUUUUAUGUUUUUGGCAGAUUGCAAAGUUGUGAUGUUACAAUGGAACACCCUUCAUUGUCAAGACACCAUGCAGUUCUUCAAUUUUCAAAAAUAAAAUCAGAAAAGCAGAACAUUGGUUGGUAUCUGUAUGAUCUUGACAGUACUCAUGGAACAUGGAUAAAUAAAAAUAGAGUAUACGCAAACAGAUACUAUCGUGUACAUGUUGGUCAUGUACUGAAAUUUGGAGGCAGCUCACGGCUUUAUAUUUUACAGGGACCAGGUGAAGACCAAGAAGAAGAGUCAGAAAUGUCAGUCACUGCACUUAAAGAACAACGAGAAAAACAAACGAAAGAAGCUGAAGUUUUAAGACAUGCAGACAUGGCAGCACAAGAAAAAAAGUUAGAUGCAAUCAGGAAGAAAGAAGAUGAUGGUGGUUGUUCUUGGGGAAUGGCUGAUGAUGCUAUUGAAGAUGACAGUACAAAUACACCCUCUGAAGAAAUCAAGUUAGAAAAUGAAGAACUUUAUAUUGAUGAUCCUAAGAAGGCUCUGAAAGGAUUUUAUGAAAGAGAGGGUUAUGAAGAACCAGAAUAUAUUGUAACAGAUGGAGGAAGUGGGAAAUACAAAUGUGCAGUAGAGUUACCAGUAGAUGGACCGAACGGGGAACCAGUAAUUGCUGAGGCUAUUGUCUCUGGUAAGAAGAAGGAAGCAGUACUACAAUGUGCUUUAGAAGGAUGUAGGAUAUUGGAUAGAAUGAACUUGUUACGAGCAUCUACGCAUGAAAGCAGGAAGAGAAAAAAGAAGAAUUGGGAAGAUGAUGAUUUCUAUGAUAGUGAUGAAGACUUGUACCUAGACAGAACAGGAGAUAUAGAGAAGAAAAGAAAACAGAGAAUGAAAAAAGCAGGAAAAGUAGAACAAAAAACAGAAACAUAUAAAAGUUUGGUGGAAAAGCAUGAUGCAAUCGCUAAAGAAAUACAAGAAAUUGAAGCAAAGCUAGAAAAAGCAAAAUCAGAUGCAGCAGCCAUGGACAAUGAUGACCUUGAUGCACUAGAUGCAUACAUGAUGGCAAUUAAGUCUGGAGUAAUGGAUACAAAAACUAAAAUGGCAUUGAAAAGACAAUUGAUGGAACUUAAACAGGAAGAAAUGAAAAUCAGAAAACUUGUCAAUAUUGCUAAACCUGCAUCAUUACCAGAACUAAAAAGUCCUCAGAUUGUACCUAAAGCACUAGUACCUGGAGUACAGAUUAAACUUCCAGUUAUUGGUAAAAUCAAGUCACAUAAAACGCAGAAGAGACCAUUGGUUCCAUCAAGACCAGUAAAAGAAAUCAAGGAAACAGGGGAAAAAGAUUUUGUUGAGGAAGAAGAAGAAGAUGAAGAUGUUGAACCAAGUGCUAUAGUCCCUCAUGAAGAUCCUACAUCAAGACUUCAAGAAGAUACAGACGACACCAAAACUACUAAGGAUAAAUCACAUAAUUCUUUUCAAAAAGACAAUAAAAUAAAACAAAAUGAUAGGGAACAGGAAGCAAUGGAAAUUUCACAGGAAUCUAGAGAAGAGGUCGCAUCAAGGUUAAAAGAUCCAUCUUCAGGGGGAGAUAAUCCAAAAUUUACAAACAUGGGAGAUAAUGACAUGAAUGCAUUGCAAUCUAAACAGAAACAGACCAAAGAUAAACAGAAGAAAAAAUACCCAAAACAGCAGCCCAUAAAUACUGAAGGGAAGAUAACUGGUGACUAUAAUUCUACAGACCCAGAUUAUGCUGUGUGGGUGCCUCCAUCAGAUCAAUCAGGAGACGGAAAAACAAGCUUAAAUGCAAAGUUGGGUUACUGACAUUUGUUAUUAAUAAUUAAUAAAUAUUUUUGUAAAAUA